CACGAUAACGUCGCCCAGUCAGCCUAUAUAAGCAGCAGAAAGUUUCCUGAACACCAAGCAAAACAAACGCACCGCUGACGAGAAAAGUCCUGCGUAAAACGUGCCAAGACGGUUCCAGACAUGGAGAAGUCAGUCAGGUUCGCUGUGGUGUGCGUUGGAGUGUCUCUGCUCAUCUCCUGCUAUUCAGUCGAAGCCUGGUACAAGCAGACCACCGGUCCCAGUUACUACUCGGUUGGUCGCGCCUCGGGUUUGCUGUCCGGUAUCAGGAGGUCACCGUACGUCCGGAGAUCCGACUCCGAGGAGACGCUGAUGGAGAGCGGAGAGACAGUCGGUAACAACGUAAUCCCGGAUAGUUCCAGGCAGAUCUCCAUCCUCAAAAGCAUGGCCAUCUGCGUGAAGGACAUCUCUCCAAACCUGAAGAGCUGCGAGCUGAUGCGGGACGGGACGGGCACCUUCCAGUGCAAGGCGGACGUCUUCCUCACCCUGGACUCCCUGGACUGCCUGUCCGCGUGAGUCUCGAUCGGACUCGUCCUCCGCAGACUCCCGGGAGCACUGCUGUGGAAACCGGAAAAAAGGAAAGAAGUAACGAGGAUGCAUGAGUGUGAGGGUUUGGUGGCAACUCCCGGGAAAGACGCACAAAUUGUCAAUCACGGACCGCUGCAGACUCUGAAUGUUCUCUAAUUUAACCCCCCAACACUGUUCAGUUUUGCUUUGGUUGCGUAGACAUGUGUGUAAAAGAAAAAACAAGAAAUAAAUCUGUGUGGGAGAUGUUAGCUGAAGCCAUUUUCUUCCCAAAUGAUUUCUCAUCUUAAGUGUUUGAACCCUGACAUUUACCUAUGUUGCCAAACUGUAUUAAAUAUACGAGAAGUCCACUGCAGAGCAGAUUUACUGUAAAGUACUUUUAUUUAUUUUAUCUAUUAAAAUGAACAAACACUGGUAACCUGCUGUGUGGUCUAACUGUGUCAUUAAAUCUUCAACUGCACAGGGGACACAUAAGUGAUCCAGCACGGGAUUAUUUGAAUCUUAUCCAUUUGCAUGAUUUCCUUUGAGUUGGCAGCAUAACAUUUAUUUUAUACUCCAGAUUCAGUACAAACCAUAAAGUAAGUCUCAGGACGUAACACUUAAUGAACUGAAAACAUGAAAAAUAAUUCAGAAAAAGAAACAAAGAAUGAAAAACACAUCUCAUACAUGCGUAUGAAGCAUUUAUAUUACAGCACAGCAAAACAACUUCAUCAGGCACUUGGGGGUGUUUUUUCUCACCGUUUUUCUUUUUUAGUAUCCAUAUCAAACUGCAUCAGUCAUUACCAUAUCUUGUUUAUUACUGGAGUCAGUAGCACAGGGGAGCCCUGGAAACAAACUCCAGCUCAGCUAAUUGCAAACAAAUCACAUAUAGGAGGCUUCAUCCUGGCUGAAAAACACAACAAAACUGGGUUCGUGUGUAAUACUGGAACGAUAAUUCUCAUUGGUGAUGGGAUGACUUUUUUUUCAGACUUUUCACUUUUCACUAAAUUCUAAUAAGUUUCCCCAUAUCAGUGUGACUGGUAGGAAUCAGAAGACAGAGGGGAUGUGCACGGAUUAAAAUGUGGGUGUUUUUAGCUCAGGAUGUCAAGUCAACACACACUGGUGUGUUUUUAAAGUGAUUACCGCCUCAUUAAAAAAAACAAGCAUGACGCACAGCAGAGA